AUGUUUCUGGUUAUUCUGCUGUUAUGGAAAUCUCAGAAUACCAGAUUACAGUUGAAAAUGUGCAGAAAGAAAAAUGAAGCUAACAGAUAUGGAUUCUGCUUGGGAGAAAAUUCAUCAAAGUGCGUACCUCCAUUCCAAAGUGGAGUAUAUCACAGAGUAUACAAAGUUGCCGAUGCUUAUCGUUUGCUUGGGUGCACAAUUGAGAAAAAUUUCUCUACGGCACUGGUGGCCAUAAUCUGUUAUCUCUAUAAUGAAACUGCAUUCAUAAUAAAUAACAGGGUUAUAUCAGAGGAGUACUACCAAAACAGAUUUUGCAAAUAUCUCAAUGAGUAUUCGUCUCUUUCCGAAAUAGAGAGCAAGUUUAACUCAAGCCUUGAAGAUUGGACAAUGAUAGCCGUGUUACGUGAUCCACUCGAAAGAUUCGUUUCUGGUUUCACUGAUAAAUGCCUUAGAGAGAUGGUAUGGAGAUAUUAUCCCAAACGCUGUUUAGGAUGCUACACGAACUUGACGUGUUUCAUGGAAAAAUUAUACGACAAGAUGAUGAAGAUGACUAACACCAACUUUACUGGAGACUUUAUCGCACAUCAUUUUUUUCCACAAAGCUGGCGCUGCCAAUUUCACAUGCACUACCACAGCUACCAAAUCCUAAAAUUCAGCACGUUCAAUCCGGCCGAAUUCAUAAGUGAUCUAACUACAACGUUACUGCUUCUGGACAUUCCCGGAUCGUCUAUUGGUUAUAUAGAUAGAAGUAUCUCUUCCACACGUACAGUUCACACCACACGUGGAACUGCAGAGCAAGAAAAUACAAAAAGAAAGAUCCUUUCCGAUAGUUACUUGAUGGAUCUUUUUAUCAGAAUGUUCUACUACGACUUUGUUUUAUUCGGUUUUCCAUUUCCUGAUGCAUCUGAAUGA